ACAGGCCCGGUUUUGUUCUCCCCCGGUCAGUGACUGAGGACGAGGCCCUGAGGCAGGUGGACCAGGUCCCGGAGGAUUAACUUAAACCCGCCUUUGUGGACGGUGUCACACAGCUUAUGUCCACCAUCCACGCGCAAAGUGAGCCAAAGAAGGUCCGUGGGGAGCGGAUGAACAGUAGACAUCUGGUGGAAAUCGCCCGUAAUUGUGUGCUGGCCUUUCGCCAAGAUAAGAUCCCAUCUGUGGAGAAUGCUGUGGUAGCUGUUCGCCAGGCGGAGUGCCUGAAGGCAGUAGAGAUGGCGCUGUAGGUCUACAAAGUUACAAUGCAAGACACUGUUGAGGAGCUGCCGCUCGCAGAAAAUGAGCUUGAAGGAAGGCACAGACACUAUUUCGAUAACUAUGCCGAGAAAGCAUUUGCAGAGUACGCCAUCUUUGAUGAUGAUGGAGAAUUUUACAAUCGCAUGAAUACAGACGUCGAAAAGGAGUUCACCAUGAUCAGUCAAAACAACGAAUCAGAUGCCUUUCAACUGUACAGAGAAAUGUUGGAUGUUCUCUUUACCAGCAUCGUACAGACAAAGAUCGACGAAGAAAAAUAAUCUCAUUCCGACGGCCAUUUUGACUUCAUCCAAGACUUACAGAAGGUCUUUGUCCUCUACGACCAGUACCCUAAGAAGGGCCCCGCCUACUGCGCCCGGCAGGUGAGGGAAGACUUCGAGAACGAGAAGCAGACCCAGACCCAGCUGAUUCACCAAACUGCAGGGGCGGUAGCCAAGAAGGAGCAGGAGAUGGCGACUGAGCGCGUCCUUAUUGAGAUGGAGAAACAGCAGAACGCCGAGACAGAGCAGGCCUUGAUGGAAACGCUGAGAAAGAUAGAAACUAACCGUGAGAAAAGUAUGAGAAGACUGGAACAGGAGAGGAGCGAAUUGAGGGAGCGGUAUGAAGUAAGAAUUCGGAGAGGGAACAGCGAGCAGCAACGUGAAAUACAAAUUAAAGAAGCAGAAGUGCUGAGAAUUACCACAGAAUUGAAAGACCGCGUGCGUUUGAACCAGGAACAAUUAGAUGCCCACGGAAACCGCACAAAUCAAAAUGCUGACCAGAUAAGGAUUCUUCUACAGCAAAAGAGAAAUCUCGAAGAAGGGCUUCGACACGUUCAGAACAGAGGGGGAGGAAGUGGUGGUUGUGCUGUGAUGUGACGAGUUGCAGUUACUAUUUCGUGGUUAUUCACUGAACGCUGCUGUGAAAAAUCUCAUUUUUAUCACCCGUGCAAAACACCAGAGAUCCAAAAUGAGCACAUAUGAUCGACUGGAAUUUAGAUUUAAGAAGAAUGAGGAGAGAGGAUGAGAUGAGAGAAGUUCCAAAAAAAUGGAGGGAAAUGCAUACGAAUUUAUCUUUACAGACGAUAAUACUGUAGAUCAAUAUACGAUGAAGUACAUUGUUACUAUCAACAGGAACUUAUUUAUAGAUUUUAAAAUCUUUUUCCACUCUUUUUUCCUUUUUUUCGUGGUCGAUUUACUAUUUGCACAAUGAAUCUGUGACUAAAUGUAGUAUGAAGUGAACUGUUUUAUUAAAAUAUAUCCAUAUUUUUAGUUGUAUGUUUGUUUAUAAAGUUAUAGAAAGUAGAUGUAUAAAUGUGAAUGAGAAAAAAGACAUUACACACCCGCUACUUGGACUGGUCUCUAGGACCCUUAACUACAUGUAUCAUAAGCAAAGUAUCAUGGGCUUAGCUGCUGCAAAUUGCUGCAAUAUUGCUGCAACUUGCAAAUCUGCAACAA